CCUGAGGCGGGGGACGCGUCCAGCGCCCCCAGCCCUCCUCCGCCUGCUGCUGUGGGGCGGGCGGCCUCCUCCGGCGCCUCCCUGCGUCCGCCCGCCGCCUCCCUCCCUCCUUCCCUGCGGCUCCCCUGGCUUUCGGAGCCCGGGGGCGGCCUGUGGCGCGCGGAGCCCGCGCCGGACUGCGCCUCUUUGGACCUUGAGGGGAAACAUGCGUUUGGCUUGGAUCGUUUUAAAUUCUUAGUUUGGGGUCCCCGCCCGCCUGCCUCUUCCGCCCCGCGAUUUUUCUGCUUUUUGCUUUUUUGUUUUUUUGGCUUUUUCCUUUUCUUCCUCCCGGUCUCCUUUUUGACUCCCUCCCCCUUUAUGCUCGCCCAGCCCUCCCCCCGCUGCUGAGAAGUGGGGGAGGGUCUCGGCCUCUAGGUUCCCGCCCCACCGAGGCCCGGGCGAGCAUGGGGGGCAAGCAGAGCACGGCGGCCCGCUCCAGGGGCCCCUUCCCGGGGGUCUCCACCGAUGACAGCGCUGUGCCCCCGCCGGGAGGGGCUCCCCACUUUGGGCACUACCGGACGGGCGGCGGGGCCAUGGGGUUGCGCAGCCGCUCGGUCAGCUCGGUGGCGGGCAUGGGCAUGGACCCCAGCACGGCCGGGGGGGUGCCCUUUGGCCUCUACACCCCCGCCUCCCGGGGGACCGGCGACUCAGAGAGAGCGCCGGGCGGCGGAGGGUCCGCGUCCGACUCCACCUAUGCCCACGGCAAUGGUUACCAGGAGACGGGCGGCGGUCACCAUAGAGACGGGAUGCUGUACCUGGGCUCCCGAGCCUCGCUGGCGGAUGCUCUACCUCUGCACAUCGCACCCAGGUGGUUCAGCUCGCACAGUGGUUUCAAGUGCCCCAUUUGCUCCAAGUCUGUGGCUUCUGAUGAGAUGGAAAUGCACUUUAUAAUGUGUCUGAGCAAACCUCGCCUCUCAUACAAUGAUGAUGUGCUGACAAAAGAUGCGGGUGAGUGUGUGAUCUGCCUGGAGGAGCUGCUUCAGGGGGACACGAUAGCCAGGCUGCCCUGCCUGUGCAUCUAUCAUAAAAGCUGCAUAGACUCGUGGUUUGAAGUGAACAGAUCUUGUCCAGAACACCCUGCGGACUGACCCUGUCGGGCUUGCUUGCCGAAUCCUCUCAAAGGGACAGACAGCCCUGUUCCUGAGAGGAGGCUCAUCGGACACUGGGGCAGAGCUGAGUUUGGGACACCAGUGGGAACAGGGCACCUCUUCUGCACUGACUUCAGAAAACGGUUCUCCCUCUUCCCUGAGAACACCAGAUUGGAUGAGAGCGAGUUGGAGAGAAGAGUGAAAUCACCGCUAUCCUUCCCCUCCCCCCUCAGCCCAGGAGGGAAAGGGCAUUUUCUUUUUCACCUUUGAAAGGCAUUGUGGGUCUGUCUUUAAAGUGUUUACAAAAAAAAAAAAAAAAAUUAUAUAUAAAAAAAAAAAAGUCUAGUGUCGACUGGUGUUUUCCCUCGUGAUGUUUACAGAUUAGCUAUAACCCACUCAGCGACAGAACCAAAUGUGGCCGCGUCCUUGCCACUAAUGCUCUGACGGCGGGCGGGCACACACCUUCUCUUCCUUCACCCAGCACCCAGUCAGCUCUCGGUGUCACCAGCCUCUAUCUAGGGGUUGGGUUGCUUUUGUUUUGUUUCUCCCUCCCAUUUUUCUGGCUUGGUUUUGCACUUUUCUCCCCAAGGGACCCUAAUAUCUUGGUUUCAUUGCCCCCCACCCCCUGGCAAAAAAAAAAAAAUACACCCAUCAAGGACUUUUUUCCACCUCUUCUCCCAUGUCUUCCCCCUUCUUUCCUCCUGGUUCUGGUCAGUUCAGAGGAUUUAACAACCACAAGUGUCCUGCAAAAAUGCUUGAACAUUUUUCUUAGGCCCUUGUGGGUUUUCCCCCCCCAGAAAACUAAAUAAACAAAAGACUAAAUAAACA